AUGGUUAAGUUCUUUCCCCUUCCCAAUGAUGAACAGAUCGAGGAUUUCGAGAACAUAAUUCUCCGCCAGUCUCAUCAUUUUCAAAACCGUGACCUGAUCCGAGAGGCCCUACAACUUGCAGGACCCCUCAACCCCAAUGGAAAUCGGGUUCUGGCCCAAGUGGGCGACGCCAUCAUUCGCCUAAUUCUGGUCGAUCAAGGUCGAAACAAAAAUAAGACACCAGGGCAAAUUCAGGAAUUGAUAACCCGGUUGGCCUCCAACAAUAACCUCAAUGAUCGAGCUAAUGCCCUGGGUCUGGACCCAUACCUUGUCAAGAACUCCUCGUCACAGCAAGGUCUUCCAGCCGGUCGUGUUGUUAUGGCGACCUCAAUUGAAGCUAUUCUUGGGGCUGUGUACUAUGACAGCAACAGAAAUUGGAUAGUCUGUGAGAAGGUGAUGGCCAUUUUCGGGCUUUCCUGGCCCGAGUGA